AUGGCGUUGCACUUAAUGCGGAAGGCGCGUAGGUGCUGGAGCUUCAUCCGGGCACUUCAUAAAGCAACCGCAUCUGCUUCUGGUCCUAAGAAAGAUGUCAUGGAGCGAGUGUUUUCUGGCAUUCAGCCUACAGGAAUCCUCCACUUGGGCAAUUACCUAGGAGCCAUUGAGAGCUGGGUGAGAUUGCAGGAUGAGUAUAGCUCUGUGCUGUACAGCAUUGUUGACUUACACUCCAUCACUGCCCCACAAGACCCAGCCUUGCUUCAGCAAAGCAUCCUGGACAUGACUGCUACUCUUCUAGCUUGUGGCAUAAACCCAGAGAAAAGCAUCCUUUUUCAACAAUCUCAGGUGUCUGAACAUACGCAAUUAAGUUGGAUCCUUACCUGCAUGGUCAGACUACCCCGAUUGCAGCACUUACACCAGUGGAAGGCUAAGACUGCCAAUCAGAAACACGACGGAACUAUGGGCCUGCUCACAUACCCAGUACUUCAGGCGGCUGACAUUCUGCUGUACAAGUCCACACACGUUCCUGUCGGGGAGGAUCAAGUCCAGCACAUGGAACUAGUUCAGGAUCUAGCACAAGGAUUUAACAAGAAGUAUGGGGAGUUCUUUCCAGUCCCCAAGUCCAUUCUAACACCAAUGAAGAAGGUAAAAUCUCUCCGUGACCCUUCUGCCAAGAUGUCAAAAUCAGAUCCUGACAAACUGGCCACAGUCAGAAUAACAGACAGCCCAGAGGAGAUAGUGCAGAAAUUCCGCAAGGCUGUGACGGACUUCACCUCAGAGGUCACCUAUGACCCAGCCAGCCGAGGGGGUGUCUCCAACAUGGUUGCCAUUCAUGCUGCAGUGACCGGACUCACUGUGGAGGAAGUGAUCCACCAGAGUGCUGGUCUUGACACUGCUCGCUACAAGCUGGUGGUCGCAGAUGCUGUGAUUGAGAAAUUUGCUCCAAUUAAGAGUGAAAUUGAAAAACUGAAGAUGGACAAAGACCACUUAGAGAAGGUUUUACAAGUUGGGUCAGCAAAAGCCAAAGCAUUAGCAUAUCCUGUGUACCAGGAGGUGAAGAAAUUGGUGGGGUUUCUAUAGGAACUCCAACUAAUCACAAAAAGGCUUUUUUUAUCAUGUGGUCUAUACCUUCCAGUAACGGCACCUUUAUUCACAAGGAAAAUAUUCUAGUUGGGACACUUAAUUUGGUAUACCUGAGUACCGGUUUAGUUUGGUGAAUAAUGCUCUGUAGCCUUCAAAUACCAUGAUGUUCUAAAUGCCAUCAAGAAAAUGCUGUGA